AUGGUGGCAGAUAUGAAGGACACUUCGCUCCGAGCUCUGCCAUACAAUGCGGCUGAAAUCACCGAAUAUGACAAUUUGAACAAUUGUGACGAAAUAGAGUUGACUCCAUCUGCGUCAACCAUGUUGCCUGGGCCGCAAGCUCAAAGCAAUACCCAUCCCGAACUCAGGAUACGUACGGCACCAUCCUAUGUCGAUGGACUGAGAGCACAACUGGAUGAGGAUGAGCCUCCGCAGUCUGUUAUCCAUGCUCCUCCAGGCUUUGCACAAUUUAUGGGCAACGGUGAUACCUCUAGCACGAUGGAGAGAGAUACAAAAUUUGUGAAUUCUGGGGCCGCUCCAGAAACCCCACUCAAGGGCCAGGGUGAUAGAACGCGAAAAAAACACGCUACCAGCUUAAUAUCGCCGUCUCCUUUAACGACCAGUAUUGCGCCCGCACAGGACUGGUCAGAACGGGCUACCCCUCGAGCCCAAACGAGGCAGGAUUUUGAAGGGAUUGACGUGCAGUCUCAUUUCAAUGACGUUAAUGGGGAAUUUCACCGCUCAAGACAGAGUGUGAUUGAAGACGUGCCUUAUCAGGAAUCCGUCAAUGGUGGUAGUUCAAUUAUCCUGGAGCCUGGACAUUAUGAAGCUUUGUCUCCAACAUUAAAUGACACCUCUCACACACUCGACUUCGCAGCUCGCCAUCUUUCUGAUGGCGAGGCGGAGAUGAAAGCUCUUAAAACAGCACUUGCCGAAUGCUGGACACUCUGUAACACAUUGGCCAAGCUAAGCUACAUACAUCGCGGUCGUCUUGCUGACACAAGUGACUCCGCCUGCAUACAAGAAAAUGCUUGGACAUCCUGUUGGAGGUUAUGUCAGGGACUGUAUGAAAGUCAAAAAGAUGAACAUGCCUCGCAAGUCAAUCCAAUGUUGGAUCUUUGCCGUGACUUCUGCCAGACUCUAUUUGAGGCCCGUGUGCGUGACAAUGAGCUUGCAGAUUCGGUCCUCCGAGUCAGCUUUGAAUUAAACAAUCAUCUUUUCAAUACACAUGAUCGAAACCUUCCUGAGGCCUUCCGAGAGAGGACAUUGGAUUUUUACAUCACCCUGUGUCAUCGUCUAAUGAAACAGAGGACUCGCAUGUCGGAGACUGACUCUCUCCUGAAGGCAUGCUGGUCCCUGGCUGAGAUGCUUUUCACCAUUCGCCAGAGUAAGAAGGAGGGAAGGCGAAUGGAUGAGGAGAUAUUCAGCUCGGCAGUUCAAGCUUGCUGGGAGCUUUGUGAUCUUUUUCGCGAGGGAUGGACACAAAGGAGCUUGCGUUGCUCUGACCGUGGAACUCCACGGCCCAGUCAGGCGGCUUUUCCACGUGUUAUCCACCAGGCUCAGCCACCCGGAAUAGGUCCUGCAGAUGAGGUUACAGGUCAUCAGGGCAAUCCUGAAACCCCGACGACCAUUUUCGACGAAACUGCUACAUUAUCGCCCGAAGAAGCCCCGCCCCAAAAUAUCUUCGUUCUUGGGCAGAGUGUGGAUCGUAAUGUACACAAAAGAUGGCCUUCGAACUCCUCAACUCUGUCAGGCCAAAGUCAGUCUUCCGAACAAACAUCUUCGACAUACACUAUAAAAUCUCCAUCAUCGAAUGAUCUGACCCUGAAAUGUAUCAAGGCUCUGGUUGUCAAGGCUGCAUUAGAUACUGGUUUUCAACCUGGAGGGGCACACAGUCUCCUCGCUUUUGUUAAGAGUCUUCCGUCGGAUGCAUUCGGAUCGGCGCCGUGGCAAAUGUCUCUUCUCAAGAGUUAUAGGAGGCUAUUGACGCUUGACCCAGCGUUCCGUAAUGCCGGAGCUCAGCCUUACCGGAGUGCUGGGGAUAUAGCCAAUGCGGUACAUAUCACAGUACAAGGCGGCCGGCAUCCAUGGUUGCAAGAUCUAUAUCGCCUAGUCUUCGGCUUUCAUGUAGAGGAAGCCUCGAGUCGGGAAAGCAAUACGCCUCAGACAUAA